AUGUCGUACAAUCCCUCUUACGGCGGCCAGUUUCGGGGCCUUCAAGCUGCGUGUCAGAAGGGCGCAGCCGGGGGUGAAAGUAAAGGCCAGUGGAAAGCAUCCGGUAGUGCAACUAAAUCCACAAGCCCAGGCGGCGGCAAUGGAAGCGAUUCAAAUGAACCUGGGGAAAAGGUUAUUGUCACCAUCGGUGGCCUUAAGCAAGUGAAGCUGGAGGCUGUCAAGGAAGAAGAUGAAAGGUACUUCAUUGUCGUGGGACUCUUUGAAGGCGAUGACCUUAACACGGUUGUAAACCACACGCGCAACCGCACAAAUGCGGUAAAAGGACAGCUGGUUGCGGGUAAAUACAUGUGCGCAUUCAAUGGCGAGAAGCUGGUUCUUCCUAUCGCAGAUCCUUCAAAGCGCUUCAUUCUGUAUCUUUGCGUGGUCACUAUAGCAAACUGCACCGAGGGGGACAAAACGUUCAAAGAUGUUUCACUCAUGGGAGUUGGUUUCUCUCAAGGCUUUGAGGUCAAUGUCUGCAAGAAAUAUCACCACAUUACUGCCGAAUUACGUCCAGUCGAGGGCGGCGACCCCAGCAUUAACCCCGGCAAGAUUGAAGUUUCGAUUGAUGUGUGCAAGUCGGAUAAGGGAGAACCUGUUCUUGCGGACAUGGAAGAAAACAUCAUGGUGCAGUUCCAGGUCUGA